UGUCGAUUUCCAAUUUUACCAAAACCAGAGCAGCCCUAGCCCCACCACUGCGACACCCUCUCCUCAUUUCUCCUGUGCAAAUUUCCCCUUAGGCGCAGGCUUAUCUAUCUCUAUUGUCGGAUUUACAUGUUGUUAUCAAGUCAAAUUUUAACAGCAAGAACACCAUAACUGGUAGAAAGUGCAAUACAGAGCGACACCCAGAUGAAUUGUAUGCAUAUCACUGCCUGCCAUCCUUGUUUAAACUCUGCAUCUCGAGCACAGGCUUUGCUGCUUAAUAAGAAAUCCACAUGGUUUUCAACUUACCCAGGAACAAAACUUCUUAAGAUUACCCUGAAACGGACCUCUGCCACAUCUAGGCACCAGCGCUCCGCACCUAUAUGUUUAUUUGGUAGUAAAGGGAAGAGUGAAAAUGAGGCUUCUCCAUGGAAAUCUCUCGAGAAAGCCAUGGGAAAUUUGAAAAAGGAACAAUCAGUUGAGGACGUAUUGAAACAGCAGAUUCAGAAACAAGAAUAUUAUGAUGAUGGAGGCAAUGGUGGAAAAACUCCAGGUGGUGGUGGUGAAGGUUUUGGUGAAUCUGAAGAUGAGAGUCUUUCUGGGAUGUUGGACGAGCUUGUACAAGUAAUAUUGGCAACUAUUGGAUUCGUGUUUCUGUACAUUUACAUCAUCGAUGGUGCGGAUAUCACUGUAUUAGCUAGAGACUAUAUCAAGUUUCUGUUUGGAGGACAAAAGAGCUACCGUCUAAGGCGUGCCAUGUAUCAGUGGAAGAUGUUUUUUGAGAUGCUGACAGAGAAGGAGGAGGACGAUGAUUCAUAUUGGCUUGAACGUGAACUACUUAAUACCCCAACGUGGUAUGAUAGCCCCAUUAAGUAUAGGCGUCUCGAGGCUUAUCUGGAUUCAAAAUCGUAUGAUUGAUAUCAAAUUCUUGCUAAACUUUCCCUUUUGUUUAGUUUUGCAUUUGAGUUGGGCAAUGUGUAGAAAGUUGUCUUAUUUUUUGCACUUAUCAUACUAAUAUGAGAAACUAUGAAGAAAUAGUGACAGGCCGUUGUGUACUUUUUGAGAUUGU